UGAAUUCUUGUCUAUUUAAACUCCAUUUUCUGAUUUGAUAACCUUUUUGCUUUAUUUCUUUUUUUCAAAACAUGUUCAAGAAGUUACAUAUACUAUUUCUACUGCUUAUACUGACAAUCAUUACACCUGCUUUUGCAGGUAUCUUUGGUUAUAAGAAGGGUGAUGACAGGUCCGUUUGGGAUAUUCUUACUCGAGAGGAACGAUUUACAAAUUUGGUUUCACAAAUUGAGCAAAACGAAUUGACAGAUUAUUUCAAGCAUACCAAGGCCCAAACUGUAUUUGCACCCGUAAAUGAAGCUUUCGAUAAGGAAGAUUCAAGUGUAUUUAAGCGAAAGUACUCUAAAGAACAAAUUUUGUAUCAUCUUGUGGGUGUCUCUGCCAAAUCAGACGAAUUAUGGGAUGGCAGACUUUUGGAUACUUUUGCUUAUAUGGACAAGAUGCAACAAAGGCUCAAGGUUUCGAAGUCAACCACUGAAAUUGCUGUAGGCACUGGUAGUGACCAAGCACAAGCUAAAGUGAUUGAUCAAAAUAUUGAAGCUUCAAAUGGUGUAAUUCAUGCUGUGGACAAGGUUUUAUCAUUACCUCUGUAUUUAGAUGAAACACUGCGUAUGAACAAGGACAGCCAAGAUUUUUAUGACAAGGCUAAAAAGGCUGAUAUCACUAAUGAACUGAGACAAGCUCGCGGAUAUACUGUAUUCGUGACAAAAGGUGAUAUCUUUGGUGAUGAAUUAUCCUCUGUUGAAAAGUCCUAUCUUUUGGAUCAUCCUGAAGGACGAAAGGACUUGAGUCGUCUCUUGAAACAUGCCAUUUCCCCAGAUAUGUAUUCCAGUGACAAGUUUGCUGAAGGAAAGUCUGCUAUUGAUACACUAGAAGGCUCAGAAAAAUUGGAAAUCUUUACGAAAGUCAGAAAAAUCUUGGGCAAUCAAUUCAAAGUGAAUGAUAUUGACGUGGAAAAGAGUGAUAUUCUCGCUGCCAAUGGUGUUAUUCAUAUACUUGAGCGUCCCUUGAUGCCCAAGGACAAAGGUUUUAUUGAGCCUGCUACUCGAAAGACUUUGCUUGGCAUGAACAAGACUCAAAUUGUCAAGUUAUUUGAUGAAAAUGGUUUAGGCUCUUACUUGGAUGAAGACCAAGUUUACAAAACAACUAUUAUUGCUCCUCCCAAUGAUGCCUUUGAAGGCGAAGAUGAAGAUUCAUUGACUGGCAAGCGUCUUAAGUCUUGGUUACAAUAUCACAUUGUUCAUGGCCGAUAUGAGCCUUCAGAUCUUAAGGAUGGUCAAUUAUUGGAAACCGAAUCUCAUGAUAACUUGGGUCAAAAAGAAUAUCAACGUCUUAAUGUUCGCAUUACAGAUAAUCCAAGCCUUGGCAAGGACACCAUUUUGUUUGGGAAAUCCGCAGUUGUAGGUGAUCCAAUUCCUGUCAAGGACAACCAAAUCAUUUAUAGUGUUGCUCAACCUUUAGAACUUCCUCGAGACCCACUUGCUCAACUUCCAGUCAAUUUGGACUUGUCUACUUUUGUUGCAAGUAUUUAUGCAUCGGGUUCGGAUGAGAUUAUCAGAAAGUCCCACGGUAUCACACUUUUCGCACCCACCAAUAAUGCUUUCAACCGCUUGGGUCUUUUGGCAAAGCACUUGUUGCAGCCUGAAUCUCAAGAAAAACUGGCAAAGGUGGCUACUUAUCAUGCUGGACGUGGUGUCUAUUAUCAAGAUGCUGUCUCUGAAGGUGAAUAUCGUAUCGUUACCUUAUCAUCCAAUGCUGAAAUUACCUUAAACAAGACUAAGGACGGUUUCUUUGUUCGUGGACAUGGUGCUGCUGACGGAGAUGAUCGUGAAGUGAUUGGCAAGGUUGACAAGACUGAUAUUCUGACUUCCAAUGGUGUCAUCCAUACUAUUGAUCGUGUUCAGAUUCCUUCCAGUGUUAAAGUAACCAACUAUGACUUAUUGACUGCUGAAGGAACUGCUAGUUUAUUGAAUCUCUUACAACAUGCUGACCUCAAAGAAGAAAUUCUGAAAGGAUUAGACCCCAAUGAACCUUAUACAAUCUUGGCUCCAAGUAACCGUGCUUUUGGAAAGAUUAACCUUGAAGAUCUCCUUGAAAAUCGUGAUAAACUUAUCAAGGUAGCCAGAUUACACAUCCUUCCUGUCUCAAUGCCUCGCUUGAACACAGAUGAAAUCCUCCAAACAAACCCAAGCGUGAAUGAAGAAUCUCCCAAAGAUGUUCCUUAUAUCGGUGUCGAUAUCCCUACUUUAUCUGAUGGUCAAUAUGUUGUCAUCCGUAGAGGUAUCUCAGGAGGAUAUGAUGUUGCAGUCAAGGGCACUCUUCAAGACCGUGCGAACAUUGUUAACAUUGGUCGCUCUUCUGCUAGUGGUGGUGUCCUUGUGAUCGAUAAUGUCUUGCUUCCUAAAGAAGAAUUCUAUCGUCAUAGUAUGCCUUGGUGGGCUAUUUUGCUUAUUGUUCUCGGUGUGCUUGUUGGUUUAGCCAUUCUUGCAGGUGCAGCUUACUCUGGAUGGAGAUGGUACAAGUCUCGCCGUGAAGGCAACAUUCACUUGGGUGAAGAAAACUAAACAUCCAUUUUCUAAUUUGAUUGUUUUAUUACUGCUUCUAUGAAAUAAUAAUAAAAGAGAAUGAUGCAUACUAGCAAACAACUUAUAUGACUAAUGCUUCAUUUGUCAAGCUUA